AGUAUUAGGUAAGAUCGUUACAAACAUGAAAACCUUUAUUAUUUUUGCCUGCUUUACUUUUGUAUUGUCCUUUGCCGAAAUGGAAAAUACUGAAGAUUUAACGAAAGUAUAUUGUUCGUCGUCGGAACAGUUAAAAAUACGUGUCUGCGUAAUAGAAAACAGAGCAGAUAUGGUCAUAGACAUAUUUCGGAACUGUGUCAAUAAAAUUGCGUUUUAUAACACUGUAGACGAAAUGUCGGAGUUCGUCUGUGGAAACGCAACUGACGAGCAAUAUGCGGAAUACAGAAGUUGCUUCGAUUCCGGAAUGAUGUCGGAAAAUUUAAGUAAUCCAAAUUUUUUGAAGAUAAUUAAGUUAUGCUUAUCGAGAUAUACGUAAAACACAUUUUAGCAGCAUCGAUUCAGAUUUUACGGUGUUGGCUUCUUCUUAAUUGUUCUUUUAUGGAAAUUAGAUGGAAACUUUAUUAAAAUUAUUAAAAUAAAUCAAAACCUUUCGAUUUAGUAUUUCGAAUUAUUCUUAUCUUCUGCCAUCUUUCGAAAUAUUUAAAUUUGGAUAAAUUUCAGAUACAUUUCACGAAUUUCUAACACCGAAAUUCAAAACUUUAGUAAUUCUUUCUAGACUGCAUAUUGUAAUAUCAAAACACUUACUAAAACACCUUUUCUUGCAGCCGACGCUUUAUUAUAACAACUUUCAAACAUUUCCGGUCUUGUUAAAAAACCUUUCUCAAGAAAAUAAAAUUAAAUAAGUAACAAAAUAAACAACAAAAUCGUAAAUCGAACGCUUAGUACGAAUAACUGUUUUUUCAAAUCUUUCGAACUCGCUUAUAAUCCGUUGUACAUGACGUCAGUGUAACCGGAAAUAUAAAAAGAUUACAUAACUAUCUAAAUAUAAAUACUUAAAGAUGCCAUCUCCCUACAUCGUUCAAAAAAUAUAACAAAAAAAGAUACAUAUUAACUACUUUCUUCAAUUAUUAAUUUUAUAUUAAGCUAGAGGACCAUGCUGCCGAUAUUUUAGUCGAUUCCCGGAAGUUGACUGCAAGGCCUUUAUGCUUUGCCUUACAAAUCUGCCAGGCUUCCGCGUAAUGUCGGUGUCUCCUGUCUCGGACUAUCUGCAUUAGUCUUUCUGGAACACUAAACCCAACUUACAGAGCUUUAUAAAGGAUAUAAAUGACAAUAGAUUCGGCCUGGAGAUCGAGGUAGAGCAAGAAAAUGAUAAGACCAUACAUUUCUUAGAUCUGCAUAUACAAAUUAACAACUUACGAGGGUUCACGACUAAAGUGUACAGAAAGCCAUCCUAUAACCCUAUAUUUAUUCCGUGGAUUUCUCA